CGAACAUUGAUCUAAGUUGUAACUUGGGAGUAGAGUUAUCCAACUUAAGAGUAAGCUUUAGAGCGUUGUAAACAGAAAUCAAAAUAUCAAAUAUCCCACCACUUAAAUGUAAAUCAUCGAAAAUAUUAAGCAGCGUGAGUUGUCAUCAUCACCGACGCUUCUUCCGUUGUUCUGCUAAUACCACCAGCGUUCUGCUUUUUCUUUUUUUAAUCGACCACACGCACACUCCCACAAAACCCUUGCCGGUGUUCUGUCUGCCCAAUCAAUCCAUCCAUCUCUUCAACUCUCCAUUUGCUCGAUUCACCGCCAUAUCUAUACCAAUAUUCUAAAAAUCUGCAUUGAUUCCCAACAAGAUAUGUGCGUUGUCAAUCGCCGCAGAAUCAGCAAGUGAUUGAGAGAGAUGCCUAGGCUAGCUGCCGGAAAGCAAAGGAAAUCGGCCAAGAUCCUCUUCAUAUGCGUUGGCCUUCUGGAGUAGCCCUUAUUGCAGAUCUACUCUGGGCGUCUUCUACAUCUUCCUCUGCACGAUCUUUCACUUACAAACCCGCUUUUGAUUGGCCCCCGCCUAAAACGUCUUCCGACUCCUUUCCCCUCCCUGUUUCUUCCAAUCACUCUGCCAAGGUCAUAGCAGAUAAAGAUAAAAAAGAUGAACUUCAUGGAAGAAUUCUAUCUAAAACUUUUGCUGAUUUACCUGGACCAGAACUAAAAUGGGAGAAGAUGUCAGAAGCACCAGUCCCCCGUCUUGAUGGAGCAGCAAUACAGAUCAAAGAUGAACUCUUUGUUUUUGCAGGAUAUGGAACUAUUGAUCUUGUGCAUUCUCAUGUUGAUAUAUACAAUUUCACAAGCAACACAUGGGGAGGAAGAUUUGAUAUGCCAAAAGAAAUGGCACAUUCACAUCUGGGAAUGGUGACAGAUGGAAGAUAUAUUUACAUAGUGACUGGACAAUAUGGCCCACAAUGUAGAGGGCCCACAGCACAUACAUUUGUCCUUGACACCAAGACCAAAAAAUGGGAAGACAUGCCACCUUUACCUGUCCCUAGAUCAUUGGAGCAUUGCUGUGAAAGAUGGAAAAGUUUUGGAGAAAGAUGGAGAAUUGAAAUGCCUAUACCUCGUGGGGGCCCACAUAGGGCUUGUAUUGUGGUUGAUGACAGGCUGUAUACCAUUGGUGGUCAAGAAGGCGACUUUAUGGCUAAACCAAAUUCGCCUAUAUUCAAAUGUUCUAGAAGGAAUGAGGUUGUGUAUAGUGAUGUGUACAUGUUGGAUGAUGAGAUGAAGUGGAAAGUUUUGCCUCCAAUGCCAAAACCUGAUUCCCAUAUAGAGUUUGCUUGGGCAGUUUUUCAGUUGGAUACAUUGAAAUGGUCAGUGGUUGGGAAGCUUCCUUUUCGUGUGAAAACAACAUUGGUGGGAUUCUGGGAUGGAUGGUUGUAUUUUACAUCAGGACAAAGAGAUAGAGGAGUGGAUGAUCCUACACCCAAAAAGGUCAUUGGAGAGAUGUGGAGAACAAAAACUCAGAUUGUUAUGACAUUUUUAUUUCAUUCUUUCAGGGUGAAGAGGGUACCUGGGUCUGAAGUGAAGAAAUCAAAUCUGAAGGGGAUAGGGGAACAUGUAGUGAACAAUAGGGGUCAGAAGAAGAGGCAGAUGAGUAGCGAGCAGUUAAGAAUCAAGGGGUGUUGA